GAAAACCGCCGCUAGGCAGCGCGACAGUCUUUUCUUUCGAUAAAGUGACAAGUUCAGUUCAUACGUGAGUGUCAAUAUGGCGGGUGUACUCUUCGAGGAUAUAUUCAACGUGAAGGACAUUGAUCCAGAGGGGAAAAAGUUCGACCGAGUUACCAGACUGCACUGCGAAUCCGAGUCUUUCAAGAUGGACCUUAUACUGGACAUCAACAGUUGGCUGUACCCGAUGGAAUUGGGUGCGAAGUUUCGUCUGGUGCUCGCGACUACCUUGCGGGAAGACGGUUAUCCGGACGGUGGCGAAUGGAACGCGAUCGAACAGGAAGGCGGCUCGAGGGCUGACAGUUUUGAAUACGUUAUGUCGGGUAAAGUUUAUCGCAUCGAGGGAGACGAGGCCAGCAAUGAACCCAGCAGCAGACUAUCGGCAUACGUUUCCUUUGGUGGAUUGCUCAUGCGGCUUCAGGGUGAUGCGAAUAAUUUGCACGGUUUCGAGAUCGACCAGCACAUGUACCUGUUGAUGAAGAAGCUCGCCUUUUAGAGAGAGAGAGAGAGACUCUCGCAUGUGGAGAA